AUGUCGAGAUGCCUGCCCUGUUCCUCUUGCCUGGGCUACAAGGAGAAGGACUACACCCAGAUGCCAGCCUUCGGCGACGCUCCCCGUCUCUCGCUCUCCGCCGGCCGCAUCGUGGGUGAGUACGUCGGGCACACGGAGCACUUCAGCUCCAUCCCCUUUGCCGCACCUCCCACUGGGAAGCGGAGGUGGCGAAAGCCAGUGCCGGUGAAGCCCUGGGAGGGGGAGCUCGACUGCAGCAGCCACCGGCCUGCCAACGAUCGCCGGGGCCGACCUGCCCAGUACGUGGACCCCCGCACGACAGAUCGGCUGCCAACAGAAGACUGCCUGCACCUGGACGUAUGGCUGCCCAAGGGCACGGCGGAGAGAUCUGGUAAGCCGCUGCUGCCAGUACUAGUCUGGAUCUAUGGCGGCGGCCUUCUUGGGGGCUCCAAGGAUGACCCCGGCUCAUCAGGCCAGAGCUACGCGGAGCAGGGGAUCAUCUACCUGAGCAUCAACUACCGCGUCGGCACCCUUGGAUUCCUUUGCCCCCGGGGAGGUGACGCGAAUUGCGGCCUCUGGGACCAGGUCGCCGCCCUCCAGUGGGUGCAGGAGGAGAUAGUGAAGAUGGGUGGCGACGCCAAGCGGGUGACGAUCAUGGGGCAGUCGGCUGGGGGCGACUCAGUGUAUUGGUGCGCCAAGCCUCGGGACACGUAUGCACAACUUCUUCUGGUCGGCAUUGCGUGA